GCAGGUGCUGCAAUUAUCUCAAUGCUGUGGUGUUGAUGUGAUCGCCCCGGGGUUGUGCCCUUUCACACAAAAGCGCCAGUCCCAUGAUGUCGAGCGAUGCCAGGGCUGAUCAGCGAGUUUCUCCCAGCGCAGGGCUGAGAGGCGGACGAGGGAAAUGGGAGCCCGAGGACAUGAAGAAAGGGGGGCGCAGGAGAGAGGGAGCCACGCUGUGCAGAGAGAGACCCCCCUCCCGGCAGCGCAAGAUGGGAGAAAACUGUCCGAGACUGCAGGGGAAGAGAGGGCAUGGAAAAGGGAAGAAAAGCUGGGCGAAGGGGGUGUGACAGCACCAGAGGAGCGAAGAGAGGGAUUAUCUUCUCUCACAUGGUGCGCUCGAUCAUUCCCACUAUUGUCGGCAGAACAAUGAAGGCCCCCGAUCCAGGGCUUAAAAAGGAUAGAUAGAGCUGGGCAGGCUGGCUGAUAACGACUGUGGUGCAAGACGGCGAUCAAAGAGAGGCGAAAAGACACUCUCUCUGUGUGAGUUGCAGUGAGAACGGGAGGACUGUGCUAUCCCACGCUGCACCUUGAUGCUGUACACUUUGGCAGGCGGGGGCACACUCUGUGGUGUAGCUGCCCUGGUACUGCUCAUCGUUUCCACAGCAACAGACUUCUGGAUGCAAUACCGGUACUCUGGAAGCGCAGCCAAUCAGGGCCUUUGGAGGUUCUGCAUAAAUCGGAAAUGCCACUCCCACACCAUUUCAGUGGCCUUCUGGGACGCAACCCGGGCAUUCAUGCUGCUAGCUGUGCUGAGCUGCUUUGCGGGCAUUGUACUUGGUCUCAGCGCCUUUACUAAUGGAGCCAAGAGCAGACGCAUCCGCAUCGGGGGCAUCGCCCUGCUGCUGUCAGCUUUCCUGGCUCUGCUGGCUCUGUCUAUCUACACUGGGGUCACAGUCCAUUUCUUUGGGAAGCGGUACCUGGACUGGCGCUUCUCCUGGUCCUACAUAUUAGGCUGGGUGGCCAUCCUCCUUGCCUUUGCAGCCGGUGUUUUGCACCUCUGUGCCUAUCAGAAGAAAGGUGCUGAGCCCUGCACCCCCAACAUCAAUGACAGCUAAAGUCUCCUAUACAUGCCUGACUGAUGUCUUUACAACAUUGCCACACUCCAGACUGUUGUCCUUAGAACACUUUCAAACUCCAGACCGAUGUCUCUAGAACAUUUCCAUACUCCAGACGGAUGGUUUCAUAAUGCAUCCAGUCUCCGGAAAGAUGACAUUUAUACAUUCCCAGUCUUGAUUGAUGGGUUAAAAAAAAUACCACACUCCAGAUUGAUAUCUUCAAAACAUUCCAAAUUGAUGCCUCUAAAACACUCACAGACUCCUGAUUUACGGCUUUAGAGCACGCUAACAGCACUGACUAAUGCCUUUUGAAUACUCCCACACUCCUGACUGAUUUCUUUAGAAUAUUCCCACACUCCAGUCUAAAGUAUCUAGAAUACUCUCGUUUUCCAGACUGAUGUCUUUAGAACAUUCCCACACUCCAGACUAAGGUGUCUAGAAUACUCUUGUUUUCUACACUGAUGACUUUAGAACACUCCCACACUCCAGAAUGUUUUCUUUAGAACAUUCCCACACUCCAGAUUAAAGUAUAUGGAAUACUAUCUCCUUCUAAGCUGAUGGCUGUAGAACCCUCUCACACUGUAGAAUGAUGUCUUUAGUAAACUCCUGUGAUCUCUAUCUUUACAACACUCCUACACUCCAGAAUAAAGUAUCUAGACUGGUUUUGCUUUCUAGAUGGCUUUUGAUAAUAUUCCCCCACUCCAGAUUAAAGUAUCUAGAAUACUCUCACUUUCCACACUGAGGCUUUAGAACACUUCCACACUCCAAACAAAAGUGGUUAGCAUACUCCCACACUCCAGGUUGGUGUCUUUAGUGCACUCUCACUCUAAAUUAUCUGUAAUGCUCUCACUCUCUAGACUGAUGGCUGUAGAACAUUCCCACACUCUAGACUGAUGUAGUUUAGAACACUCCCACACUCCAGACUGAUGUAGUUGAGAAUGCUCCCACACUCCAGACUGAUGUCUUUAGAACACUCCCACACUCCAGACUGAUGUCUUUAGAACAUCCCCAUACUCCAGAAAUAAGUAUCUAGAAUACUCUCUCUUUUUAGACUGAUGACUAGAAUGACUCCCACACUCCAGACUGAUGACACUCCAGACUGCAAAC